AUGACUCCGCCAACGAUCAGGCUUGUUGAGGAUGAACUACAGGAUGCUCACCAGGAAGUAGCAGCCCAAGAAAUUCGACAGUCGCCUCGUGCGUCACACGCAAGUUCUGAGCCUGACGGUGACGGAAAUUCGGCAUCUUACAAUCGCGCCAAUGCAGAUUGGUCGAAUGUUUCGACACAAUCGACAGCACCGAUCAUCUCCAAUUCACUCCAGAAACGAGCUACACAGGCCGAUGCGAAAGGUGGAGAGAUUAUCGCUGAGGGGCCGAAUAGCUCUACAAGACACCGGGACGGGCAGCCGAGUCGAGACAGACACAUGCCACUCAACCGACAUGGCGCACGCCAUGCUGAGAUGCCUGCUCUUGCACAGAAAUUCUCCAGCCAACAAGCAAGUCUUCCACCGCAUCAACAAUCUGAUCAUGCAGGAUCAGGUCCAGGGAGACUUCACAACGCCAUCCAUAGUCAUGGGGACAGUGGUGGUCAUCAUGCCACCCUCUGGCAGCGACGAGCAACCAGGCCACUCUCGCCUACCCGUAGCCAGGCACUGGUCUACAUGAGCCUGCGUGAUGGCUUAUGGCCAACCGAAGACUCAGCAUAUCGUGAGCUAGUAUCCGGGCCAGGUCCGGCUCCGAUCGCGCGGACCGCAGACGUCGAGGCACGAAGAGCUCUGAGAUACUCUGUCACCGAUUCGGUGGCUGCUGAGAUUGACAGCGACGAUGGGGUAAAUUCCAUGGUCUCUGAGCCAGCAAAGAAACGGCAGCGCAAUGUCCUCCGAAAGAAGCAGUCAGCUCGAAAAUCUUCGACCAGUGGAGAGCUCGCCGAGGGCGAUGCCGCUGGUACCGAAAGUGGCGGGAAGCAGAAGAAAUGGAGUGGCUCAAAGAGGCUCUGGAACUGGUGGAGAGGAGUCCCUCCAGAGCAAGGUCGCAGUUUCGACAUCGCACGGGAGCACGUUGAUGCCAACACUGGAGACGAGCUCCGUGACUGGAGACCAGGCGCAUCGCCUUCACUUCCUGUCCUCCAAAACGUCGAUUGGAGCACUGAGGAUGCGCAAUUGUUGCCUUUUGCGACCGAGACUCCUGCUUCUCGCCAUACAGGACGGAGAUACAUCAGACUAGGGGCACGACGACGUCGAGUGUUGCGGAGCAGAAUCGAUUGUAUGACACCGAUAUCCGAACGCACAGAGGGAAGCGACAAUGAUAGCGAUGGAGAAGAGGCGACACUCGCCCCUGAAAAUCUCGAAGAAGCAGAAGAGUGGAUCACGACCAGUGGCGAAGAAGGGGACAACGAAGACGAAGAAUCAUCCUCGGACGACAGCGAUGAUGAGGACCCGCCGGAUUCAGUUCAAGCUUUCCGGAACCGAAUCCUUCACUACCAUCUUAUGAAUCUGAACCUGAUACAGUCUCGCUCUCUUCUACCUAUCUCGGAGGACGAUGUACGAAUCGAAUUUGCACAAGUGCGAGACGAAAUUGGUGCGUAUAGCUCUAGGCAUCUUUCGAUUCUGUACCAGGAUUCUUCUAUCAUCGAACAGGAGGAGGAAGAGCAAGCAGCCGGGAAUGUUGUUGAGGAAGAUGGUGGUGAUGAUGAUGGCUUCGAAAGUUAUGAAGAAGACGAGGAGGAGAGUGAGGUUGCAGAAUUCUUCGAAGCAAGGGUGGUGAGGAUACAGAUAAUCACGUUGAGUGAGGGGAAGAGAGAGGAGCUGAGGAGGUUGAGGGAAGAAGCAUCGAAAGGCACGCCCCCGCCUGAGAAACAUGACUCCGUCGUCGAGACUAUGCAACCGCAUGCCAUCGCUCUCCCCCCGUCUCCACCACCACAUAUCGCGGAAUGGAGAGCAGAACAAGAAAGAAGGCUGAGAGAUGUGAUGGAAAAGCUCGAAGAGCUGAAAAUUGAAGAGGCACAGAUUCGAUCACGUCCGGAAAUGCAAUAG